GAACGUCAGUCGAAUUUGCGAUGAUCUGUCGGCAUGCCGAAGUCCGAUCCCGACAGCAGAUCAUUUCCCGUCGGGAUUCACGGCACCAUCUAUACGUACCUCGUCAAAUGCAUUGUCGGCUAUAACACAUAUUUAUAUCAAGUGGCAGUUUUGAUAAAAUUUGGCUACCGUCGAAAGACAUAUAUGCUGAGGCCUGCGGUGCAUAAGAUGAUUCACUGUCAGUUUUUGUUCGAUAUCGAUCGAUUUUAAGCCGUCAGGGUAGGGAACUACCAAGUGUCGAUACGGUUACGCUAUAAGGGGUCAUGAUUAUGUACGUUAUCAGAUAGUGAAAUAACACCGACAUUAUUGAA